AUGACCUGUGAACAACUAGCUCGCAACACGUGCGCCUUUGCGGUGUCUUCCAACGGCUUGCGUUGCCUUCUUGAGAAGCAUGCGCGAGGGGCUGAGCUGGGGGAGGAGGUAUACACGUGCCAGACCUCCGGUUUAAAAGCCACUGUUAUGGCUGGAUGGGUUGAGACGGACGUGUGCAUUGCAGCCUGCAGUCUAGAGAGGGAAUCGGUCGGCAUCUCUUCAGAUUCUCUGCUCAACCGGCGGUUCAUGGAACGACUAUGCUCGUCGGAAUGCUUCCUGAACUGCCCCAACAUUGUCGAUCUUUACUUCAGCAUCGCCGCCGGCGAAGGAGCUUUCCUUCCAAAUUUGUGCAGAGCGAAUGGCUUUAGAAGGGAAAUAUCCGAGAAAAUAAUCUACGCAAGUGGACUGAAGAUCAAGUCGAGCUCAAGACUCCUUGACCGUAUCUUACAUAUUAAAUCACUGAUGCCUAGGAGAAAUAUCAUGGAAUUUGAUGAUCCUUCCAACAGGGACGCAUCGAUGCCAACUGUAGAGAGAAAUCAGAAAAUUUCUAAUGUUGAUUUGAGCCCUACAUCUGCUCCACAAUUGAAUUCUCAUGCUAGUGAGAACUCCUCAUCUAAGCGACAUAUAGAUAUUGAUCCUCCUCGUCAAUGGUGA